AUCUAAAUGAAUAAAUUUUUGUUUUGUUAUCACUUUUACGGGUUCCAGUGUUGAUUACAGUGUGUCAGGGUCAGGACUAUAUAGAUUUUUAAAUAGAAUAUCAUAAUGAUUCGAUCAGCUACCUCGCCAGUCCUCAACCUCCUCAAACGCCAAUACUCAAAUGUAGCCCCCACAACCAAACUUUUCAUCGACGGCCAGUUCGUGGACUCAAAAACCACCCAAUGGGUGGACCUGCACGAUCCUGCCACCAACAAUCUAGUAACCAGAGUACCACAAAGUACCCAAACAGAAAUGGAAGCAGCAGUUGAAUCGAAUCUAAAAGCCUACGAAUCGUGGAAGAAUACAUCGGUAUUAACAAGGCAGCAGCUGAUGCUGAAGCUGCAAGCUGUUAUUAGGAGGGACAUGAAGAAAAUCGCAGCUAAUAUUACUUUGGAACAAGGCAAAACUUUAGCUGAUGCUGAUGGUGAUGUUAUCAGAGGAAUCCAGGUUGUCGAGCACGCUUGUGCAGCUGGUACCCUCCUACAAGGCGAAUCUCUCCAAACAAUCUCAAAAGACAUGGACAUCACCUCAUACAAAGUACCCAUCGGAGUAACGGCGGGCAUUUGCCCAUUCAACUUCCCAGCCAUGGUACCACUUUGGAUGUUCCCUAUGGCCUUAAUAGCUGGCAACACGAUGUUAUUGAAACCUUCAGAACGCGAUCCCGGUGCCACGAUGCUACUUUGCGAACUCCUAAACGAAGUUGGGUGCCCUCCAGGCGUGGUCAACGUAAUUCAUGGUACUCACGAUGCGGUUAACUUUAUUUGCGAUCAUCCAGAGAUUAAAGCUAUUAGCUUUGUGGGUGGGGAUAGGGCUGGGAAACAUAUUUAUUCCAGAGGUGCUGCCAAUGGCAAGAGGAUUCAGUCGAAUAUGGGUGCCAAGAACCACGCGAUUGUGCUGCCCGAUGCUGAUAAAAAUGCUGCUUUGGAUUCUUUGGUUGGUGCUGCUUUUGGUGCUGCCGGGCAAAGGUGUAUGGCUCUCAGUGUCGUAAUUCUAGUAGGAGAGGCACGAAAAUGGAUACCAGAUUUGGUAGCUAAAGCCAAGCAAUUGAAAGUAAAUGCCGGACAUGAACCUGGUACCGAUGUUGGUCCAGUAAUAUCGCCACAAGCCAAAGAAAAAAUUUUGCAACUCAUUGAAGCUGGUAUCAAACAGGGUGCAAAAUGUCCUUUGGAUGGCCGCAACGUCAAAGUCGAAAAAUACCCAAACGGUAACUUUGUAGGCCCGACAAUUCUCACUGAAGUACUGCCAAGUCAUGAUUGUUACACACAAGAAAUCUUUGGGCCGGUACUAUCAGUAAUGACAGCGGACACGUUGGACGAUGCCAUUGCAAUUAUUAACAAAAACCCUUACGGUAAUGGUACUGCUAUUUUUACCACAAGCGGAAACCAUGCAAGACAAUUUGUACAUGAAGUGGACGCAGGCCAAGUGGGUGUAAACGUACCAAUUCCAGUACCACUACCGAUGUUCAGUUUUACCGGAUCCAGGGGCAGUUUUCGUGGGGAUUUGCACUUUUACGGCAAACAAGGGUUGAACUUUUAUACUGAAACCAAAACUAUUACGUCGUUGUGGAGGAAAGGGGCUGUACCUGCUAGUUCUACGCCUUCAGUUGCUAUGCCUGUACAUAAUUAAAGACUGUUUUUUUUUUUGAUUGAAUAUUUAAUUUUAUUUUGAUAAUAAAAUGGUUUUAUUGGCUCAAAAAG